CUAAACAAAUCACGAAAUUACAAGCGUAUUUCACGUCUUAAAUUCUCUCUCUCCGCUGACACCACCAUUUCUAACUUCACCAAGCAAAUAUCAAAAUCAGAUCACAAACAUAUUCAAUCAUCUAACCCUAAAUUAUCUACGCAAAAAAUACUCCAUAGAAAUACUACAGUGAUGGUUUCACCGGUAACUAGUUCAUGGGCAAGAGCCCUAGUUCAGAUCUCCCCUUACUCCUUCGCGGCCAUUGGUAUAGCCAUCUCCAUUGGUGUGUCUGUUCUUGGUGCUGCUUGGGGAAUAUACAUUACUGGGAGUAGUUUGAUUGGUGCCGCAAUCAAAGCACCUAGAAUUACUUCUAAGAAUCUUAUCAGUGUCAUCUUUUGUGAAGCUGUGGCUAUAUAUGGAGUAAUUGUUGCUAUCAUUCUGCAGACAAAGCUAGAAAGUGUGCCAUCAUCUCAGCUCUAUGCACCUGAGUCACUUAGAGCUGGAUAUGCAAUCUUUGCUUCCGGAAUCAUUGUGGGCUUUGCCAACCUUGUCUGUGGGUUAUGUGUGGGUAUAAUUGGAAGCAGCUGCGCUUUAUCUGAUGCUCAAAAUUCCUCCCUGUUUGUGAAGAUUUUAGUGAUUGAAAUUUUCGGCAGUGCUCUUGGGUUGUUUGGUGUGAUUGUUGGCAUCAUUAUGUCGGCCCAAGCAACCUGGCCGUCGAAGACCGCAUAAAUAGCACUAUCUAUCGGAAAUCUAUGUAAGCUGCCAGAACUUUCAUGUUCAGUAGCUCGAAUGGGUGCCAUGCUGUGGAACUAAUUUUAUUGCCUUGUAAAUCUAAAAAUCUUUGGCUACUUCUUUUGUAAUUUCAUUUUCAGUAGGGAAGUGCAUUGUAUGAUACUCUGCGCUUGAUUUUUCUUAGUACUUGAAUAAUGAGGCUGGAACACUUUGCUUUCUUUCCGAAAACCGAACAGGAAAUUGUUAUUGUUUUCA